GCUGUCGCCGUUGCCGCGCCCUGACUCGUAGUUCCUUAUAUUUCCCCUCCAUCUUCUGCUAUUGUGUGUCGAGAUACCCAAAGCAUUUCACUCUGUCUUGACUUCGCACUCGGUACCUCUUCAACUACACAGCGAAACUCAAAUAACCCACAAUGGCAACUGCAGAUGUGCAAACAGCUCCUGGGUCAUCACUUGACGUAUUUUCCAAAACAGCUGCCGAAGUCGAAGUGAGAGAAAUUAGCUCAGAACUCGCAGCCAACCACCGGUAUCUUAUCCAAUCACCUUACAUGGAACGUGAGCAUUUGCUCGACCUCGACACUCUUGAUAACGAAAAUGAGCUCCUCGCUCGAGCCCUGAGUCAAUUUCGAGUUCUUCGCGACGACUAUGCGACAGCCCCAUACACAGAAUCCUUCAACUGGCCAGAGGUGAUCGAAGAAGUGAAACGUCUUGCGGUCGAAUCUGGAAAACCCUUCAAAGAAACAUCGUUCUAUAUCGUGGCAUUCCGAUCACGAAUCAAGAAGGAGACCGAGUAUGCUGACCUGGGCGUUCUCGACAAGGGAGCACAUGCUGAGGCCGUGGCGAGUGGUGGAUUCUUGAAAUACUGGUUUGGUGAACCUGACUCAGAGUUGGCCAACUUGGCGACUUGUGUCUGGCGUUCGCGGGAAGAUGCUAAGAAUGGUGGUACAGGCCCAGCCCAUCGCAAGGCUGCUGGAGCAACUCGCUCCUUGUACGCAUUCUGGAGAAUUGAUCAACAUCGACUUAACAUUCGGGAUAAUGCCGAGAGCUGGGAGAUUAUCCCCUGGCAGGAUUAGAUGACAAGGUUUGAGGCUUCUGAAACCUUUUGUCCAAGAAGCUUAUGAGGCGUUUGGUGUCGGUCUUGAGGGUUAGAAAAACAUGGGACAGAGAAAAGAAUGGCGUUUGCUCGGAUAAAUGAUGAUUUUCUCGGAAAACGGACUAGAUGGUAGAAUCAUAAACCAAAUAAAACAAUAAUUAGAUUUGAGA